GGUGGACGGAGGUGGGGAGGCCUGCCCACAAACCCUUGCAUCCUAGCAUCCUAGCAUCCUGGACCUUGUUGCGCGACUGUAACUAUAAUGAUUACAUUUACAGGAAGCUUAAUUCGUAUCUGGCUCUGCUAAACGCCUCCCCAUGCCUACAUAUCUACAAGUAGGUACACCCCAUAACUAUGUAGGUGUACCUACGUAGAUAAGUAGGUGCACCUAUUAUCCCCGUUUUACAUACUUGGAAUCUAAAACCCAGUGAAGCUAAGUGUCUUGCCCCCAGGAAAUGGCGGAGGUGGAUUUGCACCCUAGAAGCUUGAUUGCUGUCUUUGUGUCCCUGUCGUUCUUUCGAGCCGCUGGGACAUGAUGCAUGAGUCAGAAACGAGCGGGAUCCACCCUUGGGGUUCCUGCCCUGCUGGCUGGAACUGUGGGUUCUUUACGACUUUACAGGCAGAGGUGGAGGAGACCCUGAAGCGACUCCAGAGCCAGAAGGGCGUGCAGGGAAUCAUCGUGGUAAACACAGAAGGCAUUCCCAUCAAGAGCACCAUGGACAAUCCCACUACCACACAGUACGCCAACCUCAUGCACAACUUCAUCUUGAAGGCCCGGAGCACCGUGCGUGAAAUUGACCCCCAGAAUGACCUCACCUUCCUUCGAAUUCGCUCCAAGAAAAAUGAAAUUAUGGUUGCACCAGAUAAAGACUAUUUCCUGAUUGUGAUUCAGAAUCCAACUGAAUAAGCCGCUUUCUUGGCUCCCUGCGUCAUUCCUUAAUUUAAUGCCCCUCAAGAAUAAUAGCGUUUAAUCAUGUCCACUGACGGGCACGUGGAAGGCACGUUAGAGCCCUCCCAGACCAGUCCUUGACCCGGGUGGGCUGCAGCCCCUCCCACCCCACCAACGUCAUUCCUGGCCAGCUGCCCCUGAUUUUCCAGGAGGAAAAUCACGUCCAGGUUUUGGAGCAAGAGCUUGUGAGAAGCCCACACCCUGUUUCCUUCUGACUUUGUCGCCCUUGGAAAAGGCUGUUUUUCUUUAACUAAAAAUAACCAGAAUGCUUA